UGUUGCAACGUUUGAACCUGAUAUUACAUAUAGUCGCAAACUCAGCAUCGACACAUCGACUGAAAUAUAGUGGCAAGUACUAGUCGUUUGUUGCACUUUGAGCAGCAUGAACGAGCAAUUGCAAGCUGCUACGUGUGGCACUCGAGACUGGAUCGCUCCAAACGCCUCGUCACGUUGCACGUGGACGAGGCAGAAGGACAUUAACGAGUCGCCACACAGUCGACAAACGAGGUCACCAAAACCAAAGCCUCACAUCUUGCCCAACAUUCUUCAUCACAUCGGAGAGACACCACUCGUAAGGAUCAACAAGAUCGGAGCCACCUACGACAUCAAGUGUCAACUCUUGGCUAAGUGUGAGUAUUUCAAUGCUGGAGGGUCUGUGAAGGAUAGGAUUGGCGUUCGAAUGAUUGAAGAUGCUGAGAGAGAUGGGAGACUAAACCCCGAGUCUGUGAUUAUUGAACCAACAACUGGAAACACAGGAAUUGGAUUGGCUUUGUGUGCAGCAGUAAAAGGCUACAAGUGUAUUGUCGUUAUGCCAGAAAAUAUGAGCAAUGAGAAGGUUGAUAUCUUGAGAGCAUUAGGAGCAGAUAUUGUUCGUACACCAGCACCCACAUUAGCAGCUUUUGACUCUCCUGAGUCAGACAUUGGUAUGGCACAACGGCUCAACAAGGAGAUACCAAAUUCAAUAAUACUUAACCAGUAUCGAAAUCCUGGCAAUCCGUUGGCACAUUAUGACAAAACAGCUGAAGAGCUAAUAGAACAGUGUGAAGGUAAACUUGACAUGAUAGUGUUGACAGCUGGAACAGGUGGCACAAUUACUGGGAUUGGACGAAAAAUUAAGGAAAAGCUUCCUUCAGUCAAGAUUAUAGGUGUAGAUCCCUUUGGCUCACUAUUGGCACAACCUGAUGUACUAAAUGAGUCUGGUGUGAAAGUGUGGAAGGUUGAAGGAAUUGGAUAUGACUUCAUUCCUACAGUUUUGGAUCGAAGUGUUGUUGAUUACUGGGUGAAAGUCAAUGAUAGAGAUUCAUUUCUUUUUGCAAGGAGAUUAAUAAAAGAAGAAGGACUGCUGUGUGGUGAAUCAAGUGGAGCUGCUCUGGCUGCUGCAGUUCAAACGGCAAAGGGCCUAAGAGAAGAUCAGCGUUGUGUUGUACUGUUGCCAGACUCGGUUCGAGAUUACAUGCCAAAGAUUUUGUCCGACGAUUGGAUGACAGAACAAGGAUAUUUGGACAAGGCAGGAGAUGCAGUAGCAGAGAAGUCUCAGCAGUGGCAGCAACAAACUGUUGGGCAUUUGAAACUAAAACCUCCAAUUACAGUCAAGGCUGGUGCAACAUGUGGCGACUGCAUUGACAUUCUUAACAAACACAAUUACGAUCAACUUCUAGUACUCACAAAGGGAGGUGAAAUUUUAGGGAUGGUGACGUUGGGUAAUCUGCGUGCGAAACUAUCACGUGAACAGAUCAAACAGCCUGAUCCUGCAACUGACAUGCUCUACAAAAAUUUCAAAAUGGUCCAUCUGUGGACAUCGCUGGAUGAUUUAUCAAGCAUCCUAGAGAAACACCACUUUGCCGUUGCCAUUCAAAAACACACACAUUAUUCUGAAGUUGGCAAAGCAACCGAGAAUCAGUCGAUAUAUGGCAUUGUAACCAGUAUCGAUCUGUGGAGAUACAAAAGCAACUGAUUUGACAUGAAAGUGGUGGGCCUUUAGAGUCUCGUGUAUUAUGCUUAUGUAUUCAAAAUAUA